UGUACGACAACGGGCAUGUCUAUCGUGAAGAACUUUGCAAAGAAUCCGUAACAGUUUAUACUUCACUUAAUUGGAUAUUGCUAAACAUUUGGAAUCACAUGGACUAGAUUUAUUUGGAUUACAAACUUGUUUUUCUGCUGCUAGUAAAAUGGAAUAUACUGCAAUAGUUUACCUCUUUCAUGCUUGGAAGGAACAUCUAUUUUUGUAACUGAAAACUUCCUUGAUGUUAGCAUUGGAGUAGGCUGAUUUGAUGAAACUGUCUUUUUUGGGGAUGGACGAUAUUCGGAAGUAUCAUUGGAGAUGUGUAAUUUAUCAUUCUUGUAUGAGAAUUCAUGCAUGCUAAAAUAGUUUAGAAGGAUUUUUAUCAGGUUGUUAAGUCAAGAAAUCUUUCGACUUGGGCCGUCACUUGGAAUUGAAGAUGAACUGACAAAUUUGCUCGAACAUCAGAUGUUGGUAAAAACAUUGCGAAUAAGACUUAUAAAUUUUGUGUUAUUGACGAUCGAGAUAUGAAGGUGAUGAUGACGCAGUACGCCCAACAGGUCCAGCCCAUCUUGGUGCAUCCUUACCCUUUGACGCUAGGUCGGGGGGAGACCCCCACGCCUCUUCUCACCCCGACCACACCGACGACCCCAACCUCGGCUACGCGGGGGGGAGUAUUCAGUUUUCACCAGGGACAUAUACUUAGCACGGUACAAGAAUGCUCACAAGAUCCCCUUGGCCCGCGGGAGUCCGCCAUGGAGAUAAAUAAUCACUUUGGCCAUUUACAACGAAAAGAGAUUCCCCAUUCUCCUCCGCUCGGCUCUCCCGUCAUGCGAGGUCGCGAUCUUACCGCGGUAACAGGUGAGGGACAGCAGCUCCAUCAUCAGCUCUCCGUACUCAAACAGCAACAGCAGUUACAACAGCAGAUGUUACUUCAACAGUUCCAACAUCAACAGCAACAACUGCAGUUACAACACGACAAGCAGAUACAGGAUCACAUUAAAGUCAGCUAUAUACAAAAGCAACAAGAGUUCCUCGAACAACAACAGAAAGAUGAGGUCGACCGGCAGGUGCGAGAGCAGCGCGAAUUGGAACGUCUCGAACUUAUCAAGCACAAGAAAAAAGAUGAACAAAGUGCGGUGGCGUCGUCAGAGGUUAAGAUGCGGUUACAAGAAUUCGUGUUAAAGAAAAAACAGCACGAGGCGGCCAUGGGUAGUUUAAAAGGAUCUCCGCCACAGUUGCGGCAGUGGUACCACAGCUCCAUAGACCAGAGUUCUCCGCCUCAGAGUGGCCUCUCACCUCCCUACCACCCGCGGCUGCUCGGUGCCUACGAAGAGGACUUUCCCCCUUUACGCAAAACAGCAUCGGAGCCAAAUCUGAAAGUGCGCUCCGUACUCAAACAGAAGGUGAUGGAUCGCCGGAGUAGUCCGUUAUUAAAACGCAAAGACAAAGGGGUGUUUCUAAAACGGAAACCGCCGUUAACGAUAGAUACCACACUUUGUAAUAGCAAUCCAAAUUCUGGGCCCAACUCGCCUCCAAAUAGCGCAACGGGGGUGCUGCCAUCUGACGCCAACCUCGGAGCUCUUCAGUCACAAGAGGUAGUGCCGAAUCAGUUCUAUCCUUUUUAUCUCCAGGUGAUGAAGAGUAUGCUCGGCGCGAACGCUGAUCUCAACCUUUACACGUCGCCUUCCAUGCCAAACAUAUCGCUCGGAAAACCACCAUCAGCGUCCUCGCUUACUCAGUCGAGUGUGGUGACGCCAGAAACCUCGGAAGCUGAACUACGCGCAAUGGCUGCCGCACGACUCGGUUUGCCGUUGACCGGUCAUAUGCUUACUACAUUACCAUAUUUUACUCCUUCACUGCCAGUUAUUGACGGCGAGUUCACGCCACCCAACAGCCCUGCCUAUAUCUCUGCACAAAUAAAAGCCCUCGAACAGCAGCAGCAGCAGCAGCAGCAGCAGGGGGCACUAGCAGGGGCCAAGCCGACGGGCCCGAGCCCGUUAUUAAUGGGCGGUGUAGCCAUGAUGGACACGUCGACAUCGUCACAACAAACGCCACAGCAACAAGUCGCACAGGCGCGAUUACAUCGACAUCGGCCGCUUGAACGAACGCAAUCUGCACCUCUGCCACUCGGUAACCCGUUAUUACAUCAAAAGAAUAUACUCUUACAACAUCAACAAUCGCAGCCUCAUGAACAGCUUAUGAACGAACAGAUGUUAAAGGAGCACCAAAACCAUUACAUUAAACAGCACAUACGAAAUACAGUUUUACAGCGGGCGGGCAGCAAGAAUCAUAUGGAGAAUGUGGAUGAGGAGACCGAGGCCAAAUUAGCGCAGGAAAUGAAAGAGGUGAAAGAAAAAGAAGACGACGAUGUUGUGGUGAUACAAGAAACGGAACCAACGCGGUCGCCGCCACCAUUACAGGCCACGCCCCCUCAAGCCCCGCCUGCUCUGCUGCUGGCUAGCGAGCUCGAACUCCAGCAGAAAGAACGUGAAUCAUUCCUACAACAACAGAGAGAGCUAGUUGCUAGCCAAGCACAGCAGGUCUCCCCUCCGCGGCCCAUCAUCCACCGUCCCCUGUCGCGGACCCACUCAAGUCCCGUCGUCACAUUCAACAUGCAGUCGCAGGAUCCGAAUAAACGGUUACGCUACACGACAGGUAUCGCCUACGACAGUUUGAUGCUGAAGCAUCAGUGCGCCUGCGGGAAUAAUACGACACACCCGGAGCAUGCUGGGAGAUUACAAAGUAUUUGGGCGCGGUUGCAGGAGACGCGACUCGUCGACCGAUGUGAGCGGGUCAAAUCGAGAAAGGCCACCAUCGAAGAGUUACAGUCAGUUCACAGUGAGGCUUAUGCGUUAUUGUACGGAACGAAUCCCCACAAUCGACAAAAACUUGAUCCAAAAUUAUUGGAAACGUUGCCGUUGCGUUUCUGUUUACUGCCAUGUGGGGGGAUCGGUGUUGACUCCGACACGGUCUGGAAUGAGGUGCAUACGUCACAUUCGGCCAGAAUGGCUGCAGGAUGCGUCGUCGAGCUUGCAUUCAAAGUUGCCAUGGGCGAGCUGAAAAAUGGACUGGCGAUAGUGCGGCCGCCGGGACACCACGCGGAGAUCCAACAACCAAUGGGAUUCUGCUACUUCAAUAGCAUCGCGAUCGCGGCAAGACAACUGAGGGAACGAUUGAAAGUUGAGAAGAUUCUCAUCUUAGACUGGGAUGUUCAUCACGGAAAUGGAACGCAACAAAUAUUCUACAACGACCCGAACGUUUUGUAUCUGUCGUUACAUCGUCAUGACAACGGGAACUUCUUCCCGGGAACGGGUGCGCCGGAGGAAUGCGGCGAGGACCAGGGCCUGGGAUUCAACGUGAAUCUGGCGUGGUCAGGUGGUAUCAGUCCACCAAUGGGUGAUGCGGAGUAUAUGGCGGCAUUCAGGACAGUGAUUAUGCCGAUCGCGCGGGUGUUCAAUCCAGACAUUGUUCUGGUAUCUGCAGGUUUUGAUGCGGCUACGGGUCAUGCGCCACCCCUUGGUGGCUACUUGGUAUCAUCUGCAUGUUUCGGUCUCAUGACGCGGCAGGUCAUGACUCUGGCGAAAGGAAAGGUAGUUUUGGUGCUCGAGGGAGGUUACGAUUUACCCGCAAUCUGUGAUGCGUCCGAAGUUUGUGCUCAGGCUUUAUUAGGGGACGAGAUCCCGCCUUUAAAAGAGGAGGAAUUGUGUCGACCACCGUCAAAGCCUGCCAUAGAGACACUGAACACUACAAUCCAAAUGCAGCGUGACUAUUGGCCGGUCUUAAUACGGCACGCCGGCUCCAUAAACUAUUCACUUGUCGAAGCACAAAAACUAGAACGGGAAGAGGCAGAUACUGUGACGGCCCUGGCGUCAUUGUCAAUGGUUGCCGGGCAUGGGAGUUUGAGUGAUACGGGAUCGUCGCAGGAAUCUGAACCGAUGGAAGAGUCAUGAGGUGGCGCCAUCUCUCUGUAAAUGUUGACAACGUACAGUAGUUAGAUCGCCUGCAUGCCUUUCGUCCCGACACUAUCUGGUGUUGUUCACGUGAAGUGUUAGAAUAGGCCACGUACUCGGGUGAGCUUGGUCUACUGAAAAGUGACCAAGAUUUGGAAGUACCCCCUAACCGGUUCAAAGAUCCAUUUCGGUUCACGUAGUGACUAUGAUUUGGAAGAAACUGGUUCUAAGAUCCAUUUCUGUGCAGUUGGUGACCAAGGUUUGGAAGAAACCAGUUUGGAGAUCCGUUUCUCAACUGUCGAGAUGUUGAGAGAGAUGGCAUUGGAAAGAUUCGAAAGAGUUCAUGAGAGAGUUUUGUCAAUUGAAAAAGUUUGGAAAUGAUUGGAUUUCAGAAUGUGAUUAACAAAAACAGUGCAAUGUUAGCCAAAUUACGACUAAAUCUAGGACGUGUCGAGGUAUUAGACUGAUCAGUUCAGAUGGUGAGGCGUGAAAAAUCGGGUGAGGAGUACUGGAGUAAAGGAUUGUAAAAAUAGCACCGCUUGUGCGAAACAAGUACCAGGAAUGUUUUAAGUUCGUACAAUCUCAAAAUAUCUAAGAUGUAUUUUUGUGUCUGAACAUCACGAUUUUGCUACGGUAGCAUGAGAUAGGUCAGUAUAAACGUGUUUUCGUAUCUGGUUUAGAAUUCUGUCGAAUUUUCUGGGUCGCGGUCGAUGUGGUCUCCAUUAAUUCAUUUAUUGUGACGUCGACAUUGGGUGGGCAGUAACGAAAGCUUGACUGAGGGGUGGGGCCCAUCAGCUGCCCUAAAAACAUGUGUCAGACAAGAUUGGAAACCAUGGUAACAGCUUUAGCCGCACUUCUAGUUCUCGCAUGUGCACUGUUUAGACGUGUAAAAACUGACAAAAUUUGAAUGGGCAUAUUUUUUUGCUAAGAGUGUUAGAUGUUCAUUGAAAUUUAUUUUGUAUGAUUUGAAUAUUUGAAUGUCAAAAAUUCACACAAAUGUAGAGUUUACGUAACAAUGAAAGAUGGUUUAUUUUCAAGUUUUUGUGCAAUUUCACGAAUGUGUCUGAUCGUGUUGAAGCGUCAGAACCACCUCUGUAAAAUACAAUAUUUUAAAUAGUUUAGCCAAAAUGUUUUCAGUUUUUUUAAAGCACUGGGCACCAAUUUCAGUGUUCACUCCAUUUGAGUUAAGUUGACUAUAAAUACUGUGUCGAGACUGCACCCCCAUGUACAUUGAUGUACUAGUAAAAUCGUCAUGUUACUCUGCUGUCCUUACAUAAAAGUAACUUCAGGACAAUAUUCCAGACACAAAAUGGAAAGUGUUUACAUGUUGUGACGAAAUCCUAUACGGUAUUACCGCAACAUCAGCCAUGGGCCGCAAUUCCUUUAUAGAGGGCAGCACGGUGGCUCUCACGUGAUUCACAACACGGAAUAGGCUGCCCUGUUUUAGUUGUGGUUCAUGCCUGAUUUCUUGUGGUAUUUGUAAAUUGCGUUGAAAUAGCACGUACUGUACAAAGGUUCGAGACUCUAUCAAAUGAAAAAUGUUAGUGACAUAUUUAGUCUAAAUUUGUAUAUCUGUCAUCAGGUGGCCAUGGCAACAACCAACGCGACCAAACUUAAAGGGGCUGUAAGAGCACCUCAGAUUUUUAUAAGUUGUUUUAUAGUUUAAUUUUGUCUGUUAGGCGGCGUUGUUUGUGGCGAUGGUGGCCAUUCUGUAUGUGCUCAAUCUUUGAUUUUGUGAUUGGAUAGAUCAAUAUGAACUUGUUGUGUACAUUUCUAGUCAUUUCAAUGUAUCAGUAUUUGAACCUAAUGUAGUAAAAUAUUGUAUACAUUUGGAUUAAUUAUAAAGAUAUCGUUAGGUGGCGCCGACAAGAAGCCCCCCGGCAAAUUUACGUAAAGCAAUUCUAUAAUAUAAAAUAGAUGUAGAUGUCAUAUAUAUAUAUUGAGAAGAUAUCUAUAUGUUUAUAAGAAAUACUGUGUGCAGACGUCAUUUAAGUGUGCUUAGAUUUUGUGACCUUCGACCUCGGAUGUUGCCUAAGGUCACAGUUUUUUUUUCCACAGUUUGGGCUGUGACAUUUGUUAUUGAAAAUCCCAUUGGAAUAUCACAUAACUCUCUAUUAUUUUUCUUGUUUGACACUUCAGUCUCAAUCAAUAUUAAAAUAGCCAGCAAUUUCACUUUCUAAAAAAAGGAAUUAUUUCAAGUUCUCACGUAGUGUUUGGAUAUUUUCAGGAUGUCAGCAAUUUAUUUGAGCCUGGCACUCAGUUGCAUAAUAAUAGACCAACGUUUCUCGCUUAACCCUUGCCUACUGAGAGAAAAAAGUCACAGUUACUUAGUUGCCUCACACUGUCACUCAUUAUAAUUACACUUGGUGCUGCCAUCUAUUCAUUAAUUAGUGUACUAGGGGCCAGCGUAAAUUUUGUGGUUAUCGUGCAGAGGAUGUUGUCGCUUGUUGUCAUGGUAACAAAACAGACACAUAUUCUCGUGUAUAUUUCAUUUGAUAUGCUAGCAGACGGUGAUCGUUGACCCCAUCCCCAGCCUUCCCCAGAUCAACACCGCGAGUCAUGGCCGACUCAAUUAUACUUGGUUGCAUUAGAGAUUGAAGAAGAGCCAAUCACAGCAGGUUAUUCUGGUAUUCCCGUAAAAUGGUCAGUUACUUUAUGCAUAGAAUGUAAAUAUAUUUAAUAGAGACCUAUCGUCUGCCUUUGUUGAGCUUUAAUUGCUGAUUACCAAAAUAUCACAUAGUUAUACUGUAAGCUCAGUUUUGUCUGUGACUGUAUUGAUUAACAAAUGAAGGAUUUUGUAUCCUUGAGGAAAGAGCAAUGUGUUUUGAGUAAGGUAGGCUGGUACAGUUAUAGCCCCAUGGCAAUUAUUACUCCCUGUGUGCAUGAAAGGAAACACUUAAGGCAUAAGGUUGGUAUUAAGUUGAAUGUGGCAGUGGUAGUGUGUAGUUUCGGAUGUCUAUGGAAAGUUCGCGGAAUUGAGAUGAAAUAUUACACUUGCAAACAAAACAGAGUUUACAGUAGACACACGUAUCUUCCAUUUUAAAAUUACGUGGAAAGAGUAGAAAUUAUUUUUUAUUUAGGUAGAAUAUUCUUAUUCUUAUUGGGUUUUAGAGUGAUGCCCACUGAAGAAUUAUAUGGUGGAUUCUUCUUCAAACUGAUUGAAGAUCGGCAUGAAAACAUCACUGAUAUUAAAUACGGGGCUGCUAUUUAUAAAACUUCUUCAAAACCAAAGACACAUAUUUGUGAUAUGAAUUUGAAGCUGUAAUAUGUUGAGAGACUUCAAGCUAGGUGAAUGAGGUGUACCCGCUGUAAGGAUUCCCAGCACAUUAUCACUUCCUUCUUCUUGAAAAUAACUCACCCCCUCACCCCAUCCCCAGCACUCAUCCAACCUUGUACAAAUUCCCCUAGAUUGUAUACACCUAGUUUGCUUCUGAUAAAUCGUACCCUCAUGAUUCAUCUUCGUUGUAAAUCAGUACCUGAUUAGUCUCCUGCUGUAGUCCCUUUCAAUGAAUCUUGAAGUAAUCACGGGCGCAUGAAGAUAUCAGAAUCAUAGGGAUUGAUCAGCCCCAAAUAAUACACCCACACAACUGAUAGAAUAAUGCACAUUUCACUAUUUUGAGUCCCAAGUUUUAUGUGGCUUUGGUGUUGGCUGUCGAUCACUACAAAGGGUGGUUGAAUUUGUUAUAUCUUCACUCGCCUGUGAUCACAUAGUGAUAUGGAAAUGUUGUGUUGGCAGAGAGAUAAUCUUUCAAUCUGCUUGUACCUGAACCAAAAGGCCAUUUUCCAAAGUCACCUUGAAUCCUUCCUGACUUGAAACUCUGAAAUGUGUGUCAUAUUACAAGUAAUCUUGGACCAAAUUGCAAUUUUUUCGAUGUCAGUGUAUUGUUUUUGUACAGAUUGUCGUGUACACUCUUCAACAUGGCGGAGAAAAGCUAGCGUAUUUUCACAACAAACUAUUGUGAAAUUAAGCCAUCUUGAGUUGCUUUUCAUUAUAAUGCGAUCUAGGGUCACUAAAUGACGUUUAUUUGACCAGCUCCCUGUUACACUGUUCAUGUGGGCAGAUAGUACAUAUGAUUAUCUCAGAGUCUUCUUUAUCAAGCUAAGAGAAACACAAUGUAUAAUAUGGACUAAACAGGCCUAGAUGAUUCUGUAAACCUCGUAGAAAAUGUUGGUAUGGUUGUUGAAAAUCUAUCCUAGGAGAGUAUCAGGCAUUAUGGUGCUUUACAUAUUUUGAGUUCUUGAACACAUGUUGUUACAUGUUGAUUAAAAGCUUGCAAAAAUCACCUAUCAGAGUAUGUGGCAGGUUUUGAACUUAGAUGGCCGGAAAUAAUGAGUUUUACAGUUCAGAGUAUGUGGCAGGUUUUGAACUUAGAUGGCCGGAAAUAAUGAGUUUUACAGUAUCAUAAACAUACCACCCAGUGUUGUACUCAAUAUGUUCGAAAGCACAAAGAUUUCAAAACUAUAAACAUAUUUUGUACUCAAUCGGCGCAUAGGUAAUACAGCUUCAAGUUAUCUGAAUACUUAAAUCCUGUUUAAUUGAAAGUCACAUUUGUUAGUACAGGUAAUCUAUUGAUUUUGUAGUACCAGUAUCAUUUGGCUGGUAUUCAUGAAAGAAUUUCAUACCAGUAGCUCUUGAUUUGACAGUGUCUGUAGAGUCUUUCUUUAUUUUCAAAAUGUAUAUUUUAAACUCAUGAAAAAUUGUGUAAAAAUCGUCUGGAUCAUAAGAAAUGUAAAAAUUGAUGAUAUAUUUUCAAACUGACUUCUAGAGAGAUGAACAGAUAUUGUUAUCUAGUGAAAGUGUAGUAGCUGUCUUGUAACAAGUUGGGGCAACGAACAGAACCAAUUGAGGGUAUGCUAAACAUUCUGCUAACUGAAAUCUUGGGACAACACCAGCUUGUCCAAAACACACUGAAUGCUCGAUGAUUUGGUCGCUAACCAAUCCUAAGGCAUUUCUCAUGGUCUACUAUCCCAACUUGAUACAAGACUGCUGUACCUUUUAUCUUGUUUUUUGUUCGACACACGUUCAAAUGUAAAUUACUUAAUGCUUUUACUUUCGUUUUGUACAGGAUGACCCAGUGUAAAUGUACAUGUACAGUAAAAGCAUUUACUAGUCUUUGCUUAUAUCACCCAUGAACUGUACAAUGGUUGUCACCAUCUGCAGUUGAGCGAAAUGGUUUAAAGUUGCGAUUAUCCUUUGAGCGUGUGUUGAAUCAAAAAUACUGGCGAUAUGAUUUUUGAUGACUCUGGAAGGUGGCGUUGUGAUUUGUUAUUUUUGUGCAUGGCGCACACUGAGGCGCCCCUUCCUUCGACUGGUUCUUUAGUAUAGUAUGGAGGACAGAAGAAUUAUGAUUUAUACGAAAAUAUGUCGACAUGAUUUGCGCGGAGACUAUGAAGAAAAAUCUAUGAAAUUUCACUCAACUAUCUAUCUUGUGGUAGUUCAUGGAAUUAGACGCGAGUGGUUUUAAUGUUGUCUUAACAGUACUAAUCCCUUUGCCAGAUGGUCCUAGACCAAUAUUCUUGAAGUUUCGAAAACGUUUAUGGCGAUUUGUUUCUUUACAUUCUCCGGGAAAAGGUGUCUCCUGCUAUGGUUAUGUUGUGGUAUUAUCUGUGAUGAUUUAAGCAGCAAGUUCAUAUACUCUGCGUAGCUACCAUGUCAUGUGACAGACAAGAUGGCCGCCAUUCAAAAGACAAUUCGUUGGCCUGAACUUUUCAGUGAUCAGGAGGUCUUGUGAAAGAAGUUGUGAAUCUGACUGUAUGAAGUUGGAGAGUGGGUGAUCACUUUUCCCACAAAUUUGUUAAAGGUUGAAGAAUAAUGUUUUGAAUGGAGCCAACUUGAUUGUCAUCAUUUAAAGUCAUUGUAAAAAUGCUUCAGAUGGGAAUAAACGUUGUAUGUAAAAUGGGA